CGUGUUGUUAUACGCGGGACAGUGACUGUCCAUAGCAUCCGCUCCUCUGUUGGGGGUGGUACUAGUGUAGGCUUCACUUCCGCCUGCUUUACACCUUGUCAAGGUUAUACACAAGUCCUUUAGUAGCUUUUCUACUAUAGCUUAAACUUGGGAAGAAUGGCAUCGCUUCUGCGGGGGCUUGGCCGGCGGGCUGGAGCGCAGCUCCUCCGCAACCCUCGCGUUCGCGGUGGCGGUGGCGAGUAUCCUGGUGGCAGCUUCUGGUCAGAGGGCACGCAGACGGGGCGUAAUGGCUUCCUUUUCGGCGAGCUCCCACCGGCGCCUGGGCAAUCGCGCAAGACCCUGUGGUGGGAGCCCUUCUGGUACCUGGGCUAUGGAGGCGCGGCUGUGGGCAUUUACCUCAUUUACCAUGCUAAGCCGCUCGAGGCGCUCGAUAUUAAGUAUUGGGCGGCCCCGCGCGCUGCCAAGGAGCUGGAACAGGAGCAGCGCAUGCUGGACAAGCUCAACGAGCGGCCGGACCUGCAGGAGCGCCUUGUGGCCGUGUGCAAGAACCUGAACAUGAUUGAGGAGGAGGCCUAUGACCUUGUGCUCAUGCGCAAUGAGUACAAGGUCAAGAUGGGAAUGCACACGGGCCGCGUUCCGGAGGACCUGAAGGCUAUCUACGAGGAGCUGGAGGCGGAGUAAGGAACUAGGCAGUUAGCGCGGAUUGCCUAUCGGGCGAAACGGAGUUGCCCCAGCACAGCACAGCUCGCAUUUGGCGGCAGCAUUUGGCGCGGCAACGCUACCCCCUCCGCCAGCCGUGUACGGUCCAGUCAACGCUUCCGUACAUGUACGGAUGUUACGGCAGGGGGUACGAAAACGUUGGGUCUGUCUUGGCUGGCGAGUGGAGGAUGCAGCUGCUGCUGGAGUGUUGCUGCAGCCCGUGGGGAAGUGGAUAGACGUGUUGGUCGUACAGCUUAAUAGCAUGGGUGGGUAGCACUGUGGAGGGAAUUCCCAAGCUCAUGGGGGGCUGUGGGAGGCCCUAUAGCGUUAUCGGGCGUGAGUCGGGAAGGUGCAGGACAGUGCGAGCGAGCGCAUCUUUCUAGGGUCUAUAGCUCAUCUGAUGAUGGAAAUGGCGGUGUCGGGGAAAGUGUCCUGGGAGGAUACACGUGUGCCCGCAACGAAGAG